CGAAAAUAUUCGAGCAAAGUUGACGAGAAAAAAAUUAAAGGUGAAAAAUAAUUAAAAUCUGGAUUUUCAAGUAAUUAAAUCAAAUAAUGAAUCGCAUCCUGCUUCAAAAAACUUGUCAUGGCGUGAAAUAUAGUAAACAGUCAGGAGUAUUCCUACGUCAUUACAAUAGUUCGCGAAUGCCCCAUUUGCAGGAAGCUGGAUUCGGAAAGUUUCUCUUGAUUUUGUCUCCAAUUGCUGUCACAGGCGGUGUUGUUGCUUACGCGAAAUAUGAUAAUGAAUUCCGUAAAUUGCUUGUCAAAAAUGUCCCGGCUAUUGAACCAGUAUUAGAGGUGUUUAUUGACGACAAAAAUCCAUUUAAUGAUGUUUCAAAGAAAUUUGAAGAAUACAAGUCGACCGUGACAUCAUCUGUAAGCAGCUUAUCAUCAUCGGUGAGCAGCAUAACAUCCUCAGUUAGCAACAUAACGUCAUCAGUGACAAAUCUGUUUAGUAGUGAAGAGAAAAAGCCCGAGAAGCCUUUUAAAUAUGAGCCAACGAGCAGCUCAAAAAUUCCAUCAGAACAUAAGACAUCGACGACACCAGUUUCACAACAAACAUCAACAAUUCCGGUUCCAUCACCUCCAAUUUCUAAACCACCAGAAACGUCAUCUCCAAAAGAAGCGCCUGUAGUUGCCAAGAAAGCAGCAGUAGCUGAAAAACCAGCAGUAAUCGAAAAACCGAAGGAAGAAAAGGUUGAAAUUCCAAAAUCACUUACAGACUUCGAGAAAAGUGUUGAAGCGGCUGCAAAAAUUGCAUUAAAGGAAUACAGCAAGGCUGUCAAUGUUCUUAAUACAUACAAUGAUGAGGUAAAGAAGAUUGUAGAUUCAGCAGUAGAAAAUAUCGAUAUUAAUGCAUGGACAGCAUUAAAAAAUAAGACAUUAACGCGUGAUGCAGCCGUUGAAGUAGCAGAACAAGCUGCUUUAGCUGCUCGCAAAAAGCUUCAAGAGCUUGAACAACAAAUUGAAAAUAAUGUUGUUAAUAUAAGCAAUGAAGCAAAGAGUGUCCUUAAGAAUCAUAUUGAAGGUUUUAAUGAGCAUUUGAAUGCAGCUAAAAUAGAAGUGAUUAAAGCAAAACAACUUGCUGGAACAAGUGAGAAUUACUGGAGAAAAGUCGAAGCUGCUCGUGGAUAUUUCGUUAAAGAAAUUGAGUCACUUUUUGGCGUUAACUUAAACGAGAAAACUCUUAACUUAUCGAAAGAAGAUGUCGAUCUGUUCCUGGUUAAUGCAUAUUCGCACGUAAUGGCUUAUCAGAAAGAACUUCAAAAGCUUCAAACUGAAGGUGAAUUGAAGUUGAAACGUGCAAUUGAUGCUGUUCGUGGAUCUGAUCAUUCGGAAGCUGUUAAAGCACAACUUGCUUAUGAACUUGAGAAAGAACGAAGGGAAUUGAACAUCCAAAAUCAAGCUAAGAUCAUCAAAAUCAAGGCAGAAACAGAAAGAAACUUAAAAGAUCAGUUGAAGAAGCAAAUUGAAGCUCAUACUGAUCAUUUGAAUGACGCAUUGUCACAAAAAGAAUUAGAAAUGAAACGUUUGUUCAACAGAGAAAUGGACGAAAGAUUGGCAAAUGAACGUGCAUCAUACAAUACACAAUUAGCAAUAAUGUUGGGCAAAAUCAAAGGAAUGGAUGCAGCAUUGAAAGAAAUUGACGAGGAACUGAAAGAACGCGCUGAUAAUGAGAAGAGUGCCUAUCAAGCACAAUCACUUUGGGCAUCUUGUCAAGCACUGUGGUCGAGUAUGCGUGAAGGUGAGCCUGGAAAGUCAUGGCGUGUACAGCUACGUCCAUUAAAAAGUGAAAUUAAUGCUGUAAAGUCUGCAGCAGAAGGUGAUGAACUUGUGGCUGUUGUCAUCAAUUCACUGCCAGAAAAGGCACAAAAUCGUGGCGUUUUUCCAGAAGCUGCACUUCGCGAACGAUUUGUUAAUGUCUUUAAUGUUGCCAGAAAGCUUGCUUUAGUUCCAGCAGAAGGUGCUACACUUCCCGUUUAUUUAUUGUCAUUUGUCCAAGGAGUUUUAAUUGCUACACCAUCCGAUCCAAUCACACAAGAUGAAUUAUUGGAUAAGGAAUUUGACUUUAGUAAAUUGGAUACAUAUGAUAUUACAAAUAGAGCAAGAUAUUGGAUGGAAAGAGGCAAUUUUGUGCAAGCACUUAGAUACAUGAAUUUGCUUCAAGGUGCAUCACGUAAAGUUUCAAGCCAGUGGAUGGAGGAAGUCAAAUUACUUUUAGAAACACAACAAGCAGUUAAUUUACUUAUGGGACAUGCAUCUGCUAACUCUAAUCGAUAUUUAUAAAUCAACAAAGUCAACCUCGUUUUAAAAAUGAAUAAUAAAAUUUGUUGCAACAUCUUAAACAUCCAGGGAACUAAAUGUUCUUG